CAGCAGUAAAAACAUGGCUUAAUUAUUAACUCAUCAACAUCGCAUGUUUUACGGCUGGUCUCUUUAUCGUAUCAAAAUGAUUGUAUCGACACAUAUUAUAUCUUUGCAUUAUUUAAACAUUUUUAUACACAGCCUUGGUGUUAAACUGGACACAUGACUUUAUGGGAAAAACUUUGGUAUUCCAAAUCCAAGUGCUAUGUGGGUACAGAAUAGAGGAACCAGUUGCUCUUGUUUGUGUUUCUAUAUAGAGGUAGCUAGUAUAUGGUUUCCUGGCUUAAUCUCAUGAUUUAAUUGGACUUUGCAUUGCUUGCAUGGUUUUAACGUGACAUCAGAAGCAACCGGUGUCUGAACUACUACUAUGACUGUACAGGCCGGUGUCUGAACCACUACUAUGACUUUACAGGCCGGUCUAUUGGUGAAGAGAAUACGAAGUCAGCCACAGCUUUCAUUCUGAACAUUUUCGGUCGCAACCCAAUUUGGCCUUCACUCCUGGGCCUUCAGUGCUACUAUAUGGUCACAGGAACCUAAGCAAAAGUUGAUUGAAGCGCUCAGAACCGAGCUGCCAAAGCCCCAGCUUGGUGAGCCCAAGGACCUAGGGACAUUGAGGAUGCAGGCGACCCCAGACGACCCGCUCACGGUGGCUCACAGCCUGGAUAAGCUGCUGGUCAGGGACUGCGUUCAGGUGGAGCUCAUCCCCGAGAAGAAGGGCCUGUUCCUCAAACACGUGGAGUACCAGGUCACCAGCCAGCAUCACAAGAUAUCAGUUUACAGGCGCUACAGUGAUUUUGACGUCUUUCAUGAGUUGCUGGUGCAAAGAUUUGCCUACCGAAUGGUGCCAGCCCUUCCACCGAAGAGGAUGUUAAAAGGAGUCCUGACUUCUAUCUCGGAGCGAGAGUUCAUCGAGGGGCGGCGGCGGGCCCUGGGCCGUUUCCUCAACCUGGUGGCGCGCCACCCGUUCUCCUCAGACGACGACCUGGUGAAGAUCUUCCUCGCGUUCAACGGAUCGGACGUUCAAAUCAAACUACGUGACGCCUACAAGAGAAUGGGCGACGAGUUCAUCACAAACCGGAUUGCAACCCAAGCAAAGGAAUAUCUUCCCACUGACAUCCAGAACCAAUUCUCAGCCAGCAGAGAGUUGAUAAGAAACAUCCACAACAGCUUCCAAAAGCUGCGAGACAGAGCUGAAAAAAUGGCUGAGCGCUCUAAAGAGAACGCAACCGAUUUGCUCAUGUUUGGCAGAGAACUCAGUACGCUGGGCUCAGAUGCCUCAUCGAUUCCCCCUCUGGCAUCCUCUCAGAGCACCUGGGCGACCUUGAGGAAAUCUCUCAAAGGCCUCUCUGUAGAAUUUGCAUUGCUGUCGGACAAAGCCGCUCAACAGGGUCGGAGGGAGGAAGACGACGUGGUGGAAAAGCUGAAUUUCUUUCUGGAUCUGCUGCAAUCAUACAGAGACCUGUGUGAGAGGCACGAGAAAGGCGUGCUCCACGAGCACCAGAGAGCCCUGCAGAAGUACAGCGUGAUGAAGAGGCAGAUGAUGAGCGCCACCGCGCAGUCCAAGGAGCAGGUGUCCGUGGAACAGCUUGAGUCCCGCAUCGUUCAGCAAGAAAACGCUAUCCAGACCAUGGAACUGCGAAACUACUUCUCCCUGUUCUGCCUCCACCAAGAGACUCAGCUCAUCUUCACCUACCUGCCUAUGACCUACCACAUCCUGGGGGCCUUUGUCAAGUCCCAGGUCCAAGGACACACAGAGAUGGGUGAAGUGUGGAAUGAUCUUCAGCCUAAACUUGGAUUUCUCUUCAGUAAUAAUGGGAUUCAGCCACCGUAUUAAACUCCCAAUCUACCACAGGCUGCUAAUGCAAAUCAUAAACUGAAAAGUCCUUAUCUGCAAGCUAAAAGAAGACGUAACCCAGCAUUAAACUUUUGCUAUAAAGAAAAAGUAUCCAGUGUUCUACAUUGCAAAUUAUUUUUGCAACGUAAUCAUAUGCAAGGUUUUUGUUGUUGCUGUAUUGCCUUGAAACUGAAAACUGACAAAAGUAAUAUACGAUUUUUUUUUUUUUUCUUUGACAUAUCACUGUAAAACAAGGAAAAGCUGAUGACAAGAAAAACCCUGUACAUUUUAAUUAAGGAGCUGUAGAAGUCAGAUAUAUUUUUGUUCAUUCCAUUCUCUUAUGAGCCAAAUGUGUAAAUACUUUACAAAGUACACCCAAGAUAAGUGGUAAAAAAAGUGGAACAGGUGCCCUUUACCUGGAGCUGGCCAAGUAUGUUAUCAUAUUUGCCAAUGGGCUUUUGCAUCAGACUAACUGGGAAACGCAUGGUUAUAUUCAAAAUAUGACUGUAACUGAAAUAUAUUUUUCAUAA